ACGAGCGGCUGGAGGAGCGGAAGCUGGAGGCGGUGCGCGGGGACAACCUGGCGCUGGUGCAGGAGAUCCUGCGGGACAUCGGGCGCCUGGCGCGGGCCGACGCGCAGGGAGCGGCGGCGGAGCUGGCGCGGAUCCUGCGGGAGCCGCACUUCCAGUCGCUGCUGGAGACCCACGACUCGGUGGCUGCCAAGAGCUUCGAGCCUCCCCCGAGCAGCCCCGGCCCGGAGCCCGCGCUGGGGUCGCAGCCCGUGCCCCCCGACGCUGUGCGCAUGGUGGGCAUCCGCAAGGCAGCCGGGGAGAACUUGGGGGUGACGUUCCGCGUGGAGCGGGGGGAGCUGGUGAUCGCCCGCAUCCUGCACGGGGGGAUGGUGGCGCAGCAGGGGCUGCUGCACGUGGGGGACGUGAUCCGCGAGGUGAACGGCCGCGAGGUGGGCAGCGACCCGCGGGCGCUGCAGGACAGCCUGCGCCACGCCAGCGGCAGCGUCGUGCUCAAGAUCCUGCCCAGCUACCAGGAGCCGCACCCGCCCCGCCAGGUGUUCGUCAAGUGUCACUUCGACUACGACCCGGCCACCGACAGCCUCAUCCCCCCCAAGGAGGCCGGGCUCAAGUUCAUGGCCGGGGACCUGCUGCAGAUCGUCAACCCCCCCCCCCCCAACUGGUGGCAGGCGUGCCACGUGGAGGGCGGCAGCGCGGGGCUGGUGCCCAGCCAGCUGCUGGAGGAGAAGCGCAAGGCUUUCGUCAAGCGGGACGGGGAGGUGGCCCCUGCCUCGGGGGCCCUGUGCGGCAGCCUCAGCGGGAAGAGGAAGAAGAGGAUGAUGUACCUGACGACGAAGAACGCCGAGUUCGACCGGCACGAGCUGCUGAUCUACGAGGAGGUGGCGCGGAUGCCGCCGUUCCGCCGGAAAACGCUGGUGCUGAUCGGGGCUCAGGGCGUGGGGCGCCGCAGCCUCAAGAACAAGCUGAUCAUGUCCGACCAGGCGCGCUACGGCACCACCAUCCCCUACACGUCCCGGAAGCCGAAGGAGAGCGAGCGGGACGGGCAGGGCUACCGCUUCGUGCCGCGGGCCGAGAUGGAGGCGGACAUCAAGGCGGGCCGGUACCUGGAGCACGGCGAGUACGAGGGGAACCUCUACGGCACCCGCAUCGACUCCAUCCGCGCCGUGCUGGCCGCGGGCAAGAUGUGCAUCCUGGACGUGAACCCGCAGGCCGUGAAGGUGCUGCGGACAGCGGAGUUCGUGCCCUUCGUGGUGUUCAUCGAGGCGCCCGCGCCCGACAGGCUGCGGGCCAUGAACCGGGCGGCCCUGGAGAGCGGCGUGGCCACCAAGCAGCUCACGGAGGCGGACGCCCAGCGCACGGUGGAGGAGAGCAGCCGCAUCCAGCGCGGCUACGGGCACUACUUCGACCUGAGCCUGACCAACGACGACCUGGAGCGCACCUUCGGGCGGCUGCGGGAGGCCAUGGAGCACCUCCGGGUGCAGCCCCAGUGGGUGCCGGUCACCUGGGUCUACUAGGGACCCCCGAGCCCCACCCCGGCCCA